UUUAAGAACGGUCCAAAUAAAUUAGUUUGGGGAUACAUAGAAGAGGCUAUGAAUGCGGUUAAUAUAUUAACCGCAUUCAUAUCUUUAAAAAAUGAGAAAAAUCCUAAUCCUGAACAUAGAAGGCAGAACUGCAGCUACUGGUGGGUAUUUUUACAGUGUUAGUGUUGGGCUUCGUCUCUCAUUUCAACAAGCUGAGUGCCUUCACCGCCACCAUCAGCAGCAUCCCCGCACACCCUCUUCAUCAAUAUGCGCUUCAGCUCCUGAAUGUAAAAGCCUCUUGCAGUCGGAGACGGCAAAGAAGAGCGGAGCCACUCUUGGUGCCAGGGAAGCGAUGCCAUCCUGUAUUUCAUGUCCCACUUCACCCACAAACACUGCUGGCCUUUUCCACACCGUCACUUCACUUUCUCCUUUUGAGAAAUCAUUGGAUUUCCUCUGAUUUGAAGACCGUCUGUAACCGUGUGUUGACCGGGAUCUCUUUGCUGCUCUUAGCUAAUCAACGUUAAACAGCAGGAAAGGGUGAUGUUUGCUUUGCUUAGGGUUCGCAAAUUUCGCAUCUUGUCCGCACUGGUUGUCGGUUCCAUUGUGUGUUGCGCGAGAAGCGUCAAUGAACCGGGCAACAUGUCUUUUGUGAAGCAGACGGUGGAUAAACUACUGAAGGGAUAUGAUAUCCGACUGAGGCCGGACUUUGGAGGGGACCCUGUUGAAGUUGAGAUGACCAUCGACGUGGCUAGUAUAGACAUGGUGUCAGAAGUCAACAUGGACUACACACUGACCAUGUAUUUCCAACAGUACUGGAGGGACAAGCGUCUAGCCUAUGUGGGAAUCCCCCAUAACUUGACUCUGGAUAACAGGGUCGCUGACCAGCUCUGGGUCCCCGACACCUACUUCCUGAAUGACAAGAAGUCUUUCGUUCAUGGAGUCACAGUGAAAAACCGCAUGAUCCGCCUGCACCCUGAUGGCACUGUUCUCUAUGGCCUCAGGAUAACUACAACCGCAGCUUGUAUGAUGGAUCUCAGGCGGUAUCCCCUGGAUGAACAGAACUGCACGCUGGAGAUAGAGAGCUAUGGCUACACCACAGACGACAUUAGGUUCUAUUGGAAAGGAAACGAAUCGGCUGUAACGGGGGUGACACAGAUCGAGUUGCCACAGUUCUCCAUUGUCGAUUACAAGUUGCUGUCCAAAGACGUUGUUUUUUCCACAGGUUCCUAUCCUCGACUGUCUCUGAGCUUCAAGCUGAAGAGGAACAUCGGCUACUUCAUCCUGCAGACAUACAUGCCAUCCAUCCUGAUUACCAUCCUCUCCUGGGUCUCCUUCUGGAUAAACUAUGAUGCUUCAGCAGCCAGAGUGGCCCUAGGGAUCACUACGGUGCUGACCAUGACCACUAUCAACACCCACUUGAGGGAGACUCUACCCAAGAUCCCCUAUGUGAAGGCUAUUGACAUGUACCUGAUGGGCUGCUUCGUCAUGGUCUUCCUGGCCCUGCUGGAGUACGCUUUUGUCAACUACAUCUUCUUCGGGCGGGGCCCUCAGAUGCAAAAGAAGUUAGCAGAGAAGGCAGAGAAGGCCAACAACGAGAGGGCAGCCAAGUACGAUGCUGCAAGGGAGGCAGGUAGUAGGACCACAUCCCUAAAACGGUCCAAUCAGGUUAAAGGUCUUCGCCACUCACGCUCGGCGGAGCCACACAGCCACGGGAACAUCUUGCUAACCACCCUGGAGAUCCAUAACGAAGUGGCAGGAGGUGAGAUCACCACCAGUUUGGCAGACAUUAGGAGCUCUCAGUCCAUGGUGCAGUUAGACAGCACGGCCUCGGCACACAUCCAGUACCGCAAGCAGAGUGGUGGGAUCAGCCCACGCUCUGCCAGCCGCCACUCUCUGGACCGGUCUGCCCAGAUGAAACGCAGCCGCCUGCGGAGGCGGUCCUCACAGCUCAAAAUCAAGAUCCCUGACCUGACGGAUGUGAACGCCAUCGACCGCUGGUCACGGAUCAUCUUCCCCUCUGUUUUCUCACUGUUCAACCUCGUCUACUGGCUCUACUAUGUCUGAUUGGGCCAUUUUGUUGAGGCGUUUGUUGUUUUAUUUUUUCAUUUCUUUUUCUUCCUCUUUUCUGUUGCUUUUAUACAUAAUGUAAUAUGUUGAAUUAAAGACUGCAACAGUACAAUACAAGACAAAAAAGAUUGAGAGACUACUGAAUUUUGGACCAAGUUCUUGUUAGAAUUGUUUUUAUAUUUGAAGUCUUUGAAACUUUAGUAUCGAGGUCUUUUUAUUUUCUAAAGUAUGUACUGUAAUUGGGACUUGUGACAACCUUCCCAACAUUUGCCCUCUCAAUAACGUAAAUAGAGAGAUACAAAGCCAGCAGUUCAAUAAGUAAUACAGUAUUUGCAAAAAAACAAAACACAGGGAAGCAGUUAGCACAAAGAUUUUUCUAAUCAAGCAAUUAAGGAAACUUUCUACUGCACAGGUCCAGCAAAUUCAUUAAACAAACUCAUGUAGGUUUGACAGGCACCCUAUGCACUAAUAACGCAUGUAUUGAUCAACCAUUGUGGGAAAAUGAUUCAAUUUUUGACUUCGCACAACUUUACAGAAGAAAAGACUCUGUUGACUUGUAUUGAUUUAUAGCUCUGGUAAUAUUCAGUGUACUUGCUAUUGAUCAUGACGUGCAUUGAUGUGGCUACUGUUUAUCCAAACACUGUAAUUGAAAGUUGAGGAUUUUGUCAUCUGUGCAGGAUGGUGGUGACUCAGGUUCAGAAUUUUUCCUGUUCGGCAUCUUUUUCUUGACAAAGAAAAGUGCCGCUGAAAUAUCCUUCUUGGUCAAAAGCACAAAUAUGAAUAAACUGCUUUUUUCCCCACUUCAACCUUCUAGCAACUGCACUUCAAGUGAUUGAAUGACAGAAUUGCACUCAAAUUUAUCAAACUUCCUUGAAAAACUUUCAUUUAAAACAGCAGCCAAGGGCCCUUUUGGGGCGACACGGUUACUCAACCCAUGAAAUAUUCUGAUAUUUUUGUACGGUGUCUCUUUCAGGUAUUGAUCCGGUUUCCUAAAUUGUCUCCUUUUCUUUUUGCUCAACAAUAGCUUUGUUGUGAUACGGUGGAGGACUCAAACCCAUUUUUUGUACAUAAGUACAUAGAGGUGUAUAUACGUAAAUGUACAUAUAUAUAUGUAUGUAUACAGUGUGUACAACCCAAAAUGAAAAUGAUCAAAUAUUGAGCAUUUCGUGAUUGUCAUACUGCUUAUAAACAGUCAGAUUAUUUAGUGCAACAUAAAGAAUGAACCGACCGGUCCGUUUCAAGCAUCAGUUUAGUUUUUGAACAUUUGUGGGGGACCCUGAAUAUGUUUCUUUUCAAACAUCCAACCGUGUUGAAUUCUGCUCUAGACACUGUGUGCAUGUCCAGCUCUGCAUUUUGCUAUUGUACGCCUGCCCAUACGGAACCAAGUGAUACAAAUUUCAUUCAGUUCAUUGAUUCUGCAGACUGUGAGAAGCAGUCUGUCGACUGAUGAGCACACACUAGUGUUGAAUGUAUCAGAUCCAUUCUUCAGGGAGAGGAAAAUGAGCCAUGGUCAUCGUUUUCCAACAGAAUGUAACACACCCAUUUUUAUGUUCUGACAGGUGACGGAGAAAGAGAGGGAAGGGGUGGUGUUUCACAAGUAUGGAUGGGAAAUAGAUACUGUAAGGGUGGAUAGACUUUUUCGUGCUUCUUGCUCAACUAUGGACAAAUGUCAAUGUAUAGUAUUUUUGUGGAUGAAAAUAGCUCAUCUGUCUUUUGAUAAACCAUGUGCCUCUGUGUGUGCAUGAGCAAGAAUAAAAGUAGAAAAAGAUGGUA